GAGGCUCAAGACAAACAGACCAUGCCCCCACCGAACACCAUAACACUGGACCCCAAUAAUGCGGACAACCAACUUACCGACGCCACUGACGACGAAAGCUCCCAACCCGGAGAUCGAAAGCGGCAAAGGAAAACAACAGCUACCUCAAAAGCCAGGCCAAGGAAAGCCACCACGGAGAAAUCCGAAACAAAAGCGAAAUCUACAAAAACGGGAUCAACCACAGAAAAAAACACAGCACGAAAAAUUCCUGCUGAUGAACGUCUAACCCAAACCGCGAACGGAAAUGGCACACCUCAGGACCUCGCGGAGAACAAACACACACAAGUCCCCACAAGGGAAAUUCUCGAUAUCAACACAAACGAAGAUGACGAUGAGGACAGUAAUUGGCAAACAGUCGAGAACAAAAAGUCAAGACGCAACUCAAUGCCAAAAAAGGCUGACAUCCACACAAACACACCUCAGGAUAACCUAGCGGGAACAGAAACAAAACUAAAAAUUGAAAAUCUCAAUACAGGAGAAACUCAGAAAUCACUUUACGAACAACUAAAAAUACUUAAUGUGCUGCAACAUGUGCAAGACAUGGCGGUGUACACAAACCGCACAGCCACAAUCACGAGCUUCCACCCUGAUAUUGAAACACUCAUCCGCAGAACCAUCGGGACACAGUAUAGACCAGAAGCGAAAAUAACAAGACUGACCAAACAAAACAAACUUACGCAAAACAAACAAUUAACUGAACCAUCACUGAGUGUAGUGAUAACUAAGGUCACUCACGACGUAACUGAAAAAGACAUAGAGGAGGAGCUAACUAACCUGGGCCUCGAGUUCACCAAAGUAAAAAGAAUCAUCUCAAGAGAAUAUGGAAAGCCAAUACAGAAAGUCAGAGUCAUCUCGCGAAAUAAAAACACAAUAGACGAACUCCUAACAAACCAUUUCAGGAUAUUCCGCAAGUUCCAUCCAGUGGAACAGUCACAUGUUCCCCCACCACAACCAGCCCAAUGUGCAAAAUGCCACACAUUUGACCACACAACAGAGAACUGCCGCAACAAACCAGUAUGCAACAGAUGCGGAGGACAACACCCAAUUGCGGCAUGCCAACAGGAAAUCAGCAAACCCACUUGCGUAAAUUGUAAUGGAGAACACCUGUCGACAGACAUCAACUGCCCAAAAAGGCCGAAGGCUCCCGUAUCGAUAGAGGCAACAGCAAAAAUCGUAUGCACCGACAAGCCUACAAAAAGAACAACUGAUGAAGAAACAACACCACAAGCAGUAGUUUGCGAGGACUUCAUCCGCGCAACGACACUCGCGCUCAUAAAUAUUCUUCCAGACAGAAAAAACCUAGUCAUAACAGCCAUGAAAGACAUAUCCAGGGCCUUUUUCGGGCGCCAAAUGAACGUGUCACAGGCCUGGAACCGGAUACACUUUAGCAUCUCCCCAGCCGGCAACUACCAAAAUGAACAAGGACAGGACCGCAAGCAAACAGAAAAACCAGCACGUUCACGGGAAUAAAUAGAACGAAAG